UCUAGGGUUUUGGGGGUUUAAGGUGGAGGACUGACGGACCGACUUUAGAGUAAGAAUAAUUCAAAGUAUGAACGCGGUGAUAUAUUGGCCGCCAUUGAUUUCGAUUUGGAUUUACUCUGUGAUCCCGCGGAAUUCGGGAGGUCUGGUCCAUCGGUAGCUGCGUUUGAGCGGUGAAGGGGAGUUGGAUUUUGAUUGGCCAUACUGCUGCUAGUAAUUGAUGGAGGCUAGAGUGGGAAUGGACGGUGCGUCUGCUGCGAGGAAGUUAAUUCAGCAUCACCAAGCGCGGUCUCCGCCUCCAUCGACGCCGCAGCAGCAUCAACAACCGCAGAUAUCGCAGAUUGGGACUGUGCCGCAACUUCUCGCCGGCGGCAUUGCCGGAGCUUUUAGCAAGACUUGUACUGCACCGCUUGCCCGGCUUACCAUUCUUUUUCAGAUUCAAGGGAUGCACACAGAUGUUGCUUUGAUGAGUAAGCCCUGCAUAUGGCAUGAAGCAUCGCGGAUAAUUAAUGAAGAAGGUGUUAGAGCUUUUUGGAAAGGAAAUUUGGUUACAAUAGCUCAUCGGCUUCCUUAUUCUUCAGUCAACUUUUAUGCCUACGAAAAAUAUAAGAGUAUACUAAAGUCAAUUCCGGGUCUUGAUGGACCCAGGAGCAAUGCAAACACAGAUGCUUUUGUGCACUUUGUAGGUGGUGGCUUGGCAGGAAUAACUGCCGCUUCUACAACAUAUCCAUUGGAUCUUAUCAGGACACGGCUUGCUGCACAGAGGAGUGUCGCCUACUAUCAUGGGAUAAGCCAUGCUUUUACUACCAUCUGCACAAAUGAAGGUUUUCUUGGCUUGUACAAAGGGUUGGGGGCAACAUUACUGGGCGUCGGACCCAGUAUAGCUAUAAGCUUUACGGUUUAUGAGAGCCUGAGAUCUUAUUGGCACUCUAGAAGGCCUGAUGAUUCCACAGUUCUGGUCAGCUUGGCAUGCGGCAGUCUUUCUGGUAUCGCGUCAUCAACAGCAACAUUUCCUUUGGACCUUGUUCGACGAAGAAUGCAAUUGGAAGGUGCUGCAGGGCGUGCCAAUGUGUAUGACAUGGGUUUGUUUGGGACAUUCAAACACAUCAUUCGAGCAGAAGGCUUCCGUGGUUUAUAUAGAGGAAUCAUGCCUGAAUACUACAAGGUUGUUCCCGGCGUAGGAAUUGCAUUCAUGACCUAUGAAACACUUAAGAAGCUACUUUCAGAGGGGUCAUUCAGUUAAUCGAUGAGGCAAUUUUAUUAUGGCCAUGGAAAGCAUUAAUGGGUUCCACUUUGGCUUAAACACACUGCAACUGGAUAUAGGUAGCCCGUUUCCUUUUAUGCGAUUUUGGGAACGUUUCUGUGGCAGAAAAUUUUGUGGUUGCUGCUACAUUUAGCUUGUGAGGUGCUUCAGAUUUGAUUGUAGGAAUGUCAUCAAGCUGAUUGGUGUCUAAUCUUUUUCACGAGAAAUAUCAUUCUUUGAAUCAAGUUCA